GAGCAACAGAAGGCGUCCCUCCUUGAGGGCUGCUGCUGCCAUUGGCGUCCGUUUGGACCCUUCCAGGCCAAGCUCCGCCUCCAAGAGAAGGUCAGCGAGCGGGAGAAGAGGGCUCUGGUCACUCUUUCCUGUUCUCUGCAGUCGCUUGCUUUCUUGAGCCAUGGAGGAUGGCGACUGGUGGCCCCCGCUGGCAGCAUGGGGAGCCAUGCUCUUGGUCCUCACUUAUCUGGGCUUAGUGCGGCGCGUUACCGGGGCUUCGCGUACUGCUUUCUCCUGCAGGGAGCGUGGCCGGGCCGAGGAAGCUAGGAGGCUGCCUGCUGACGGGUGGAACCCCAGACUCUCUGGUUUCCUGCUUCAGCUUUUUGUGCACUUGGCCAACAGUGCUUUUGGACAACUUUUCUUAGUGCCACUUCUAAUACGGUUGAACAACUUUACUGUCUUGCGCUAUCUUGAUAUUGCUGAAGAUCCCACUUUUAUGCCAGUAGUUGCUGAGGAAGAAAAAAGCGAUAACUCGAAAUCUGGAAAUGUCUCAGAGUGUCUCCCAGAACUGUUGAAGAUAAGUUCACAUUCUGCUGGUCCUUCCUUUAGCUUCAAAGGGAUCCAGGAUUACUUGAAUUGCUACCAAUCUGGAGAAUUAACACCUCUUCAAGUGGCUAAGAAUAUUAUUGCUGCAUUGCAAGAUGAUGAGAAGUCAAGUCUCUCCAUCCGAGCAAUUGUUCAGUGGAACCAGCAGGAGAUAAUCAAGAUGGCUGAGGACUCCACAGCUCGCUAUAAAAGGAAGCAGCCCCUCUCUCUUUUAGAUGGAAUUCCAGUGUGCUUGAAGGAGGAGAUUAAAGUGGUGCCUUAUCACCACCGGAGUGGAACAGAAUACCUGGGCUUGGAGCCGGAGAGUGAAGAUGCCACUGUGACCAUUAAACUGCGGAAGGCUGGUGCCAUUAUCAUUGGUGCCUCAAAUAUGCAUGAGUUGGGUAUUGGGACCACUGGCUGUAACCCCAACAGAUUCCAUGGUACAGCUAGAAACCCCUACAAUCCCCAUCAUUUCACUGGUGGCAGUUCCAGUGGGUCCGCAGCUGCUGUGGCUGCAGGCCUUUGCCCUCUGGCUCUUGGUACAGAUGGAGGUGGCUCUGUCAGGAUCCCUGCUUCUUUCUGCGGCAUUGUGGGACUGAAAGGAACAUUUGGACGAAUCAGUGCGUUUGGCUGUCAUCCUCUCUCGUAUUCUACUGUAAGCCUCGGCCCUCUCUGUGUUUCAGUGGCAGAUGCUGCAAUUGCUUAUGCCAUCUUGGCUGGGCCAGAUCCCUUGUAUCCAUAUGGAUUAUGUCAGCCCAAGCCAUCGCUCUCUGAAGUCAUCACUUCCGAUCUGAAGGGCUUGAAGUUAGGGAUUGACUGGAAUUUAUUUAAGGCUUGUGAUGCUGAAAUCCUAGAUGCCUGCCAAAAAGCUGUGGAGUUCCUCAAAGGCUUUGGUGCCUCCGUGGUUGAUCUGUCCCUGCCAGAGAUGGAGGAGGUGAGAGUGGCCCACGUUAUCUGCAUCCUCAGUGAAAUGAGAGAUUUCCUGCAGCCAGACUUCAACAAUCAUUUUCAACAAAUGAAUUUGGACACUCGUUUAAAUCUUGCAAUUGCUUCUCAGUUCUCAGCUCUGGAUUACAUCAAGGCAAAUCGACAGCGGAGCCGCACCAUAGCCUUCUUGCAGGAGAUGUUUGCAAAUGUGAACUGCCUCCUCACUCCAGGAACUGCUUGUUGUGCUCCAAAAAUUCAGGGCUCUGAUCUCCUGACUGGAUGUAGUGACGUUCAGACAACUAUUCGGACCAUAAGAUACAUGCAGCUGGCCAACCUGACAGGCAUUCCAGCACUAGUGGUACCAGUUGGAUACACUGUUUCAGGGCUUCCCAUUAGCCUUCAGAUCAUGGCAAAGUGGUGGGAUGAAGCUCUACUCUUCCGGAUUGGCCUGAAGCUGGAGCAACUUCGUAACAUAACAGCAAAACCACUCAUUUAUUAUGACAUUCUUGGGUAAUGCAGCUAGCUGUGGGAUUCUAAACUAAAUCAAGACUGAACCAAAUGGUUGUUCUUACAGCCUAAGGCCUGGCUGGCUUUUUCUGAUAAUGGCAUGGCAUGCUCCCUCCCCACAAGUGGAUCGCCAUAAAACUAUGCCUGAUAAUUCUCUCUCUCUCUCUCUCUCUCUCUCUCUAUCUAUAUGUGUGUGUGUGUGUGUGUGUGUGUGUGUGUGUGUGGAAUAAUGACAUAAUAAGGAAGGGGUAACAACUCAUAUUUUGGUUGUGGGUUCAGAUCUUGCAUUGCUCAUACAGUGAAUCUAUACCCACAGGAGAUGCUGACUCUUAGGAAGAGCCAAAUUCUGCAGAGACUUGUACAUAACCCAGAAGUUGUUUUUUCUGCUUCCCAUUUCUCUCUUUCACUCAGCAGAGAUGACAUAAGCUACCCUUGAAUAUUGUCAGCUUUUAAUUAUCUUGCAUAGAAGUAGGGAAGGUAGGGGAUCCUACUUCAAGUGCUGAUACUAAUUUAAAAGAAAAUUCACUUUUGGCAUAUGCCUAAUCUAGCAUACCUUUUUGCAGCCAGUAAUAGCACUUACCGCUGCCCCUCUCUUCCAGCUAGUUCAGCAAAACUGUAAAGUCUUGUGUGAAAGUGAAAAGUGAGUUUACUUUUGAGAGUCAUUGUACCUGUUGCCAGUGUGCCAAAUGUCUGUCCAUAAAAUCUGACAAUACAAGAUAUGUAUGAAGCAGCAUCUCUCCUAUUUCUGUUAACAGGCAAUAUCACUAAGUUACCUGAUCCAGAUCCAGCAGUUGAAAUUAUGUACCUGUAAUUCACAUUCCUUAUAUGACAGAGCCAUAUAAUGUUCUAAAUGAGAUGUAACAAAAGUCUGGCUUAAAAAUAUAUCUGGGAAAACACCAAA